GUACCAGCGAAUUUAAUGCUGGGCGGUAACCCUGCAAUGGACUAGCAUCCCAUCCAGGAGGGAGUAGAAAUACCUCCUAGUUGCUUCAAUUGCUACUGACAAAAGCUCCAGCCUGACGGGCCAUUUGGCUUGUAUGCAGACUUUACCUAAUACAUGUGUAAUUAAGCAUCCUCUUUUUCUUGUUUUCACAUUUCAGUCCAUGAUGGAACUUCAUAAACGUCGAAAAGCCCUAACUGAACCCGAAGUGCGUUACUUCAUGAAGCAGAUAGUUGAAGGCUGUAAAUAUCUACAUGACAACAAGAUCAUUCAUCGUGAUCUUAAACUUGGAAACUUAUUCCUAAACGAUGAAAUGGAUGUCAAGAUUGGGGACUUUGGUCUUGCGACUAGAGUGAUGAUUGAUGGGGAAAGAAAAAAAACCCUGUGUGGCACUCCUAACUACAUUGCACCUGAAGUACUCAACAAGAAGGGACAUAGCUUUGAGGUGGAUGUCUGGUCAUUGGGAUGUAUUCUGUACACUCUUCUUGUUGGCAAGCCACCUUUUGAAGCCUCAAGCUUGGAAGACAUAUACCAGCGAAUCAAGAGAAAUGAAUACUACAUUCCUUCAAAAGUCUCACACACAGCCCAACUUUUAAUCAUAAAACUAUUGCGACCAGACCCCGCAACAAGACCAGGUCUACAAGAGGUUCUUGACGAUGACUUCUUUAAGGGAUUUACACCAAGCCGCAUGCCAGUCAGUAGCUUAACUAUGGUGCCCAGGUUUGCAACAGGGUCAUCUUCAAAUCUUCUUGGUAUGUCUAGAAGGCCACUCAAUGAGUUGAACUCACAAGAAACUCGUCCUGCUACCACUGCGGGAAGAAGAGACAAGGCUGCCUUUUUAGAGAAAGUUAGUAAUAGAAGAUCACUUGGUAUCAGAGUUUGUGGUGCAGAAAGUAAACUGAUUAUGCCUGGUGAAGCUGUUGCUGAGGAAUUGAAAGAUGAAAAUCAAGAAGUGAUUCCUAAAGAUUGCUACCUUGGGCAGCUCCACAGUCACAUCACAGCAUGUCUGGACACUAAACCAUGUCACAGAACAUGUAUCAAUGAAGAUGAAGCAGAAGACCCUGCUUAUGCACCGGUGUACUGGGUUGGUAAAUGGGUGGAUUAUUCAGACAAGUAUGGCUUUGGUUAUCAGCUAAGUGACAACAGUGUUGGUGUUCUUUUCAAUGACCUGACAAGGCUCAUCCUUUACCAGGAUGGAGAUAAUCUCCAGUACAUUGACGAGGAAGGAAGUGAACAUUACCACACCUUAAAGGGCUAUCCUGAAUACCUUGAAAAGAAAGUUAGACUCCUGAAGUACUUCCUUAGCUACAUGAAUGAGCACUUGCUAAAGGCUGGAGCGGGUUCUAAGGGUGCUAAAGAAGAUGAAUCAGGAAGGUUACCUUUCUUGAAGCAGUGGUUUCGUACCAAGGACGCCAUUGUACUUCAUCUUACAAAUGGCACUCUACAGGUAAGAGAACAAAUCACUUAAGUGUCUAUUGUUGGUAAUUGAUUUGUCAAACGAUUUGGAGACCUUGCCUCGGCUCGUCACAAAUUCUCUAGAGAAUUUUUGCGUUUUGUGAGGCUACGUAAAAGCUAACACCUAACAGACAACUGCAGAAAAAUCGCGGCGCCAGGCGCGGGAAAACGCACGUGGCCGAGUCGUUCGAUUCGUCAUUUGAUUGGUUGAGAAAGCUGGUAAGAAAUUGUUAACGUUUUCUCAUAGAGAUGUUUUGAAACGGAAUUAACUUACAACAGCUUGAAACUUUACGGAGUUGAAAAUUCUUGUAAAAUGCCUCUAUUGAACAAAUUCUAUAUCAGAUGAAAAUUGAAAAAAAAAUAAAAAUAAAAAUAAAAGCGUAUUAACAACUGCAUCGCAAAAUGGAGGCUGGGUGCCUGUGAUAUCCAGGAGC